AUGACAUUGGUGAGGGGGUGGCUGCUGUUCUUGGCUUUCAACAUAAACCUGGCCCAGAAGAAUCUGGAAGAGGUGCCAGUGCAGCCAGACUUUGAUUCACAUAAGGUGGAAGGACGUUGGCUUACCAUCCAGCUGGCCACUAGCAUCAGGGACCUGGUCUUGCCCACUGACCCCCUGAGACUUUCUCUCCACUCCAUUGGGACCAGAGACAGUGGGGAUGUGAACUUUGUGCUGUUUGAGAAAGGAGAAGGAAUAUGCACAGGACUGAAUGUUACUGUCCACCCAACGGGGCUCCCGGGCCAGUACCAGGGAAUCUUUGAGGAGGGCAGCAUGCAUGUCCAUUUCGUCAGCACCGACUACAACCACCUCAUUCUUUAUGUACGCUUGGAGGACAACGAAGUCAUCAACCUGUGGGCACUUCUGGCGAGAAGAAUGCUUAAGGACCCUACAUGGCUGGGGAAAUAUCUGGUGUUUGUAGAGAAAUUUCACCUUCAAAAGGCCCCCAUCUUCAACAUAGCCGCUCCCCUUCUCACCAUGGCCAGCAGCUCAGGAAGCCCCUGUGCCGCCCCUAGGGGCCUGGAGCCUGGACCCCUGCCUGCCUGGUCCUCCCCCAUCCCCUUCCUCUCGGUGGUAACCAAGUUCCAUCGAACAACACAAAGAGACCCCCAAGGCUCCCUGGAGGCUUAA